CCUCCACCUCCACCUCCACCUCCUCCUCCCACCCCCGUCUCCUUGCGGCCAAGUCUGCUACCUGCUAUAAGAACUGAGGGGGGGCGCUUUACCCGCAGUCUCGCUUUUCUUUUCGGUCCUGCUUUCCAACCGUACCACCCGCCGGAGUUUUAUGGAACUCUCAAAAUUGGCAGCAUCGUGUUCAGCAUUCUGUGACUGGGAGCGUUUCCGGGAAGAUUUCGGAAGAUAAUCGGACAGUCUCAUUUUUUUCUCUCGACGAUUCGAUUCAGCAAUCAUGGAGGGUUUCAACCAUUCUCACCACCAAACAACUGCUGCUCGUGUGGAUAGUCGGAGAUCCACACCAAAACUAUCCCCAAUGGUCCUCAACUUCGACGAGCACAUGAAGGCGUAUUCGAAAGCCGAUCAGUACGACAGCAAACCAAAUUCCCCAGCUUUCUUUGGGCUCGAUGGCUUCGAGCUAUCGGGAUUCUACCGUCCACCCGUGUGGACCGGGGCGGGCAAUGCCGCCGACGGUUUGCUAGGUUGCCAGGCCCCGGCCGCUGACGGUCUCGACCUCGAUCCAUUCACACUACAUCCCCAUCCUCGCGAGCCUACCCUUCAGGAACACGAGGAAGGACAACAGCAACAACUACUACUACAACAACAACAGCUACUACAACUACAGCUACAAACAUCACCCGAAUCAGCACCUCUAGCAAAGGGGAAAACUCCUGCUCGUGGCAUCCCGCGCUUCCCACCCGAGAUCCACAAUGAAAUCCUUACCCAUGUCCUCGAAUCGACCGAGAACACGAACUGCAGCUACUGCCACCUGUUCGAGCUGUCGACGCUCAGCCAGGUGUCGCGCCUCUACCACAUGAUGGUGCAGCCGUACCUCUACGACACGCUGCACCUCGACUUCACCUCCUCGAUCGACAGCAACCUAUCGCUGAUCCACCACGACGAUCAGCGACACAUCUGCGCCGCGCACCUCAAGCUAGCGUCGAAGCAUCUGCAGCUUGAACAGCGCGUCCCGCUGCUCGUGCGCACGCUAACCUCGCGACCGGACAUCGCCUCGCGGGUCCGCAAACUGGUGCUUCCAGCCGGCGGAGUGCAGACGUUCCUCACGUGCGCACUGGAGAAGACGCUCCUGCCGGACUUGAUCAGCUGCUGUCCGAACCUGGCAGAGGUCGACGGCGUCGAGAACCUGCUCAUCCGCCAGUUCUUCUCGGGCGAGCACUACUGCUUCGACGGCCAGGACCCGCAGCAGCACGGCGUGCUGGCGAAGGCGCUGCACGAGAAGAAGACGCUGCGCAGAUGGUGCUGGGCGGGCGGAAACGCCGGCGGCAGUCCCCGCGAGUUUUGGAGCCGCAUGUGGGAUCGCCAUCCGGCCAUGGCGGCAACGGACUUCACGGCCAUGCAUAGACACUGGACGCACCUAGAGACGCUCGAGAUCCGCAACGUGUGGAACAUCGACGUGCCGACAAUACAGAAGAUCAUCUCGGGCCUCAAGUGCUUACGGAAAGUGGCUCUGGUGGGAGUACGGAAGAAGCGGACCGGUCGGGGCGACGCGGGAACUAUCCUUGCGGCCCUCGAGAUCCUCCCCAGCUCGGUCAAGGAAGUCGAGCUCGGAAACGUUGCGGAAGAAUCGUUCCUGUCGGCGGUGGGCGAGUGGGUGCGCGUCCGGCACACCAUCAAGGAGUUCAGCAUGCUCGAGGCGCUGAAGGUCACGCACGUGCCGAUCACGCCCGCGACACUAGGCGGGUUCUUGAAGGCCAUCUCGGUGCGCAAGGUGACGGGGUUCAGGAGCAGACUGUCGUACAUCCCGCUGCUGGACUUCACACCGCGCAGCUGCUCGGUCGUGAAGUGUCUCGCGCUCGACAACGUCGGCUUCGAAGACGCAUUUGGAAGUGCGAUGGAUUAUACGGAGGAUGUGGGCAUGGAAUUGUGCGGAUUGGAGGAGCUGGAUUGGCGGAUACGAGGGUUCGAGGAGGGACAUCUAGCGUCAAGGCUGCGGCGCGGGUGCUUUAGAGAUCUGAGACGCCUGGCUGGAGAGGGCUGUGAGGCGGCGGCUGCGGAGAGGGGCAUUGGCUUGGUUUGAGUUUGAGUUUGUGCUUGUGCAUGGGAAUAUCUAGAGUAGAUACUUCUUAGAUGUGCGCGCCUUUUGGCAUGCUUUGUAUCAUUGUUUCGGGAUAUCCACUGGAUUGGGGUUCUUCUUCGUUAUUUUUUGUCCUUUUUUUGGUAGCCUUCUUUACAGAAUUUUUUUCUACUCUUGUGAUAUGUACUGUACCGUAGUCGACUCGUCGUAUAUUACGAUAAAUAUAAACCCAUAACUUACAUUUCCCACCGGUUGAAGGUUCAACGGUGAUCAUACGACACUCGCAGGUUAGAGAUCCACACAACCGCAACGGCCCCCCAUAAGGCCACGGCCCCGGCUGUUCUCAGACCUAUGUACCAGAAUCACACCACACCAGAUAUCCGAGCAGAUGCGUCAAAGCACGGACAUAUGUAUUCAACGGGUCGACAUGGUUAACGCGGGCGGGGUGCGAGCACAGCCCCAUCCCAUCCCAUCCUUCCCAUCC